AACUCAUUCGAUAGGACCGCACCUUUGCGAUCACACUAGCAUGUAUAAAAGUAAUCUAUAUUUAUAUAUAAAAGAUAAUUUGCUAUCUUAUCUUGUACAUACACUCGAAGACAGCGAUUCUUACAUUGCUCUAUUUAUGUGUGAAAGUAUGCGUCAGUGCAGUUAACAUGUUAUUGGAAAUAACAGUAAAUCAUAAUGCUGAGUUACUGUGAAAGUGCAGUGGUGCAAGGAAAAUGGGGAUGAAUUUAUUUAUGUUUAUUUUGUACAUUGCUGCGUGUGCGGGAGAAAGUGUUUGCCCUAAGCAAUGUGACUGUGACAUGGAAAAUGAACUGAACAAAGCUACGUGCGUGGACCAGAACAUCGUUAGUGUAGGGGUGGGGGUGCCCAAACAAGUUCAAGUGUACAGUUUGAGCCAUAAUGUUAUUAGUGAACUUGACAACUUUUGCUUCAAGGAACUCGGCUACACAUCAAUACAGAUUUUGAAUCUAUCUUACAAUCUAAUAUUUUGGAUCGGGCUGCACGCUUUCGCUGGCCUUGACAGUUUAGUUUAUUUGGAUCUGAGCAACAACAGGCUCCGUUAUAUUCCAGCUGAUCUGUUUUGGGAUACACCGCAACUAGACACAUUGGAUCUAUCGGGAAAUGUGUUUGAAAACCUUAAAAAUGAACCUUUUUUAAUGCAUACGAAUUUGCAGAUAUUAAACCUCAACAACUGCCGUAUAAAAUCAUUGCCCGAUAGACUCUUCACUCGACUGCCAAAUUUAAAAAAGAUAGAUUUAAGCGAAAAUUAUAUGAUCUCCAUAAAUGUAGAUGUUUUACGUCCAUUGAGAAAGUUGGAGAGAAUAGAACUGCGUAAUGAAUAUUGGCAGUGUAAUCCUAGUUUUAUAGCUGUCGAGUCGUGGAUCAUGUCUCGAGGGAUAACAUACACUAGGCAGUGUAAAAAGAAACUACCAAAAAUGUCAGAGAAAAUGAUUUCAAUGGUAACCGAAACGAGAGAACCAAUUGAUAUAAAUCGCGUUUGGAAUAUAACAAAAAAUGAAACAAAACCAGCGCCGACACAAACAACACCUUUGACACCUUUUAAGAAAUUCGAUAAAGAAUUCUCGGCGUUUCAAGCGUUCGUUAUUGGUUUAGAAGUGGGUCUUGCUAUCGGUGUGGUUGGCACAUACAUAUGGCUACGACAGUUCUGCAAAUGUGGUAAUCUGUUUUGUUCACGCACCGACACGAGACAACAGCGCAGAAGAACACGUAGACUUAACGACAGCGAUUUGAGAGCUAAUUUGUUAUGGAACAAUAUUUUGAAUCCUAAUUUAGAAACUCCACCUCAGUUCCGAAGGCAAUUGUCUCUGCCUGAAAGAGAAGCGGUACCUGAGGGCGGACAGCGUGUGGUACAAGCUGAUGCGAUUAGAGUUCCAAAUCGCUCGGAGACUCCGCCCCCGCCUUACAGUGAAUGUAGAAUUAAUAUUUAGGUAUAAAA